AUGGUGAGACACCAUCAACGACAUACAAGGCGCUUGAGCGAAAUGUUGGACUCGCCUUUCGUGCAAGGCUGCGGAGAUCCUGUUGCAGCGGCGGCAGCCUAUCCACGAGAAAACGCAGCCUUCGUUAUAUUGGCUCGCAACUCGGAGCUUGACUCGGUGCUUCACUCCAUGUCAUCACUGGAACAUCACUUCAAUCGAUGGUUCCAGUAUCCUUACGUCUUUUUGAAUGAUGCAGCAUUCACGGAUGCAUUCAAGGCUGGCGUGAGCAAAGGAACAAAAGCAAAUGUCGCCUUCGGUCAAGUGAACUCGAGCAUGUGGGGCUUUCCAGAGUGGGCAGACAAAGCACGCUAUCGAGAAGCCAUGGCACAACAAGGUGAUCGAGGCAUCAAGUAUGGCGGACUUGAAAGCUAUCACCACAUGUGUCGAUUCUUUUCUGGUUACUUCUUCAACCACGAGCUCGUCAAGGAUCUUGAGUUCUUCUGGCGUGUCGAACCAGAUGUAACGUUCUUUUGUGACCUAACUUACGAUCCUUUUCGCAUGAUGAAGCAGCAUGGAAAAGUAUAUGGGUUUGUCAUUGCACUCAAGGAACGUCUCAACACAAUUCCGACCCUGUUUCGCCAUGUAGAGGCGUGGAGGCAAGAGCAUCGAAUCAAGGAGACGAGCUUCGCGGAUUACAACCUGUGCCACUUCUGGUCCAACUUUGAAAUCGCGCGGGUCGACUUUUUCCAAAGCGAACGAUACAUGUCGUUUUUCAACGACCUAGAUAAGUCUGGUGGUUUCUGGCUUGAACGCUGGGGCGAUGCGCCUAUUCACACAUUUGGCGCAGCGUUACUCCUGGAGGCCGAGCAGAUUCAUUACUUCAGGGACAUUGGCUACCAGCACUCUGAUAUUGCUCAUUGUCCGGCAAACGCCCCAUCUCCUCUGAUUUGGUCGCCAAAGGAAAUGUACAACACGUCUGACGGCACACAAACAAUGGAUGAUCAAUUUGAUGAACCAAAGCAAGGUGGCCAUGGCUGUCGAUGUAAGUGCCCACUUGAUUACAUUGACCUUGAGUGGAGAGGAGGAUCAUGUAUGAAUGAGUGGGCUAAGGUUGUUGGCGGUUGGCUAAAGUAG